AUGGCGCUGGGGCGCGGGGGAACAUAUGGCACCUCCUCCAACCAGGUCAUCGGGCCAGGAUCACUAUCAUCAAACAAACGAGACUCGCGUAGAUGGGUCGGGCUGUCGGCAGUAGCUUCGGCAUUUGCCCUGGUGUGUACAGUAUGGUUCACCGGCGGCAACAAGCGCGCGAUGCUCCGCGAGACCUCAAGCUACUCGCAGAAGCAAGCAAGACUGCAGCAACUGCCGGUUGUCCGUUAUACCACUACCACCACCAGCUCUGGAUCGCCGACCACCAACAUCGUUGUGGGAGGCGCAAUGGCAACGGCUUUUCUGAAUCACGCUGAUCAACAGUGCUCCUCCCCUGUAUCCGGGUGUAUCCCCCGUUUCCCACAGCGCAAACAUCCGGUCUCAUGCCGGGAGCUGAGACCUACUACAAACCGUACGUGCUGCCUGGAGAACAAGUCGCGGAUCCAUCAACGAAGAAAGGAGGCAAAAACCAAGGCCAUGCUAGGUCCAGGUCUCUCCAGUGCUUGGAGCGAUCUCCUGGAGAGAAUGGCAAAAGAACUGUCCACCGACACUAUGGAAAUAGCAAACUUGGACAAUCAGGUUGCAAUCGAUGAUGCAAACAACAAGAUGUUGCUUGCUAAGUAUCAGGCUAUCCUGAACCUUGAGACAAGGGUCGGACCGCCAGGGCCAGCAGGGCCUCCAGGUCCAGCUGGAGUCGGUCCUCCGGGACCUCCCGGACCUCCCGGGGCGAAAGGAGACGAAGGACCCGCAGGCGCGGAGGGUCCGCCGGGGCCCGAAGGCAAGGAGGGGCCUGAAGGUCCAGCAGGCCCUCCUGGUGAAGUGCCAGCGAAAGAACCACCAGCUGAGCCAAAGAUGUCAAAGAAGAAGCCUGCAGUGGUCGAGGAGCCUGUCGAAGAGGAAGCACCUGCAAAGUAGGACUUGCGACUUUCAAUUUCAACUGCACAAUUUUUUCUCGCUGAUGCUGUGUCUCCAGGAAAAAGGGAAAGUAUUCUUCAAAGCCAAAGCUUCUCCAUCAACUGUAAGAUAUAUCCCAUAAUGCACCAACAGCCUUUAACCUCUCGAGCAGACACAGGCAACAAAUGCAGAGGGCGAUCGUGCCUGUGCAAGCACCCAGGUGAUGAUCAUUGUUGCUCUAGAGAUCCCCCUAAACAUUCUCAGGACUGUGAAACCCCCCCGAUAUCCAGGCUACGAGCUUCAUGCUGCUCACCUCCACACAUGGAAAAAAGGCUCUCCGUUGCCAAAGCCUAUCAUCAAGGUUCUUCUCGUUGUGGUUUGAGCUACAGACCUGACCCCCUCAUGAUCAGAAUGGCAUCAAGUAUAUGCCCGUCUUCGUGACCCACCAAUGACGAGAGAAACGUUGGCAAGCACACUGGCUGUACCAUCGGCACGGAGGUUAACACUAGGUGAACAGAGAUACGUAACAUGAAGUCGAUUCAGCCCUUGCAAUGGUUCUUGUGCAACAUCCUUUCCCAUACAGGCAUCAUUUGCAUGUUUCCAUGGAAGGCUUUUAUCGUAUCAUCCUGCUAACUUCACUCUUGAUCCAUCGCUAUGAUGUUCACGUAUGUCUCUGCACACAGGAAGUCGCAGCCAGCAGACUUCUGUUGGCUUGUCCUGCACCAUCAUCACUCCCUACAUUGUUCCUGA